ACGGUCUGACCUUAGAGGACCUGAGUGUAGAGGACUGCCUGGCCGAUGGUGUGAUGGUGGACUGUAGUGAGGAGGCUUCCAAGGACAAGGAGUACCUCGUACCUGUGCAGGUGAGAGUGGGGGAACAUGAUGCCUAA